AUGGAAAAAGUGACUAGUAAACCGGACAGACCUACAAAGGGAAAAACGGCCUCGGUAGUUUAUUUUUCCUGCUCUCAGUGUGGCUCAAAGCUGGCUAAAGGUAGUUCUGACGCAGGUACCUUAUGUGCUUCAUGCUCUGGUGCAUCAGUGACAGAUCAGCAGGGAGGUUCCGCAGAUCAGCCGACGCCCCCAUGGGUUAAAAACAUGGUGGACGCCAUUUCAGAUUUGCGUCAAUCUAGGGAGACUGAAUCUGCUCGGACUCAGGUGGAGCCUUUAUGGGCCCAAAAUAUGGGAAAGUGCCUCACUGAUUUAACUCAAUCUUUGAAUAAGUUUGUAAAUGCUGCCAGCAGUUCGACUGCUACUAAACGAUCGCAGCCGUUACCCGCUAUAGCAUUUCCAGGUGAGGAGGCGGACACCCUGGCAUCUCCAUUGGAGGAGGGGGAGGUAGAUCCUGAAUGGGAUGAAGUUUCGGCUUGGGAAGAUGAGGAACCUUCUACUAGUUCAGGUGUUAGAUUGUUAAUAGAAGCCAUUCGUCAGACUCUUAAUAUUCAGGACACGGUGGUAGAGAAAACUCCUUCCCCCUUCUUCAAACGACAAAAGAGACAGGUUACGGCCUUCCCUUCUUAUUCUCACUUUGCGGAUAUUUUAAAAGAACCCUGGCUUAAACCGGAUUCUCGUUUUCAGGCGCCUAAAAAGUUAAGAUUUCUAUAUCCUUUUACAGAGGAAGAUACGAAAUUUUGGGAGACGGCCCCUAAGGUAGAUGCUCCUAUUUCACAUCUAGCAAAAGCUACGGUUAUUCCGUCGGUACAGUCUGUGACCUUAAAAGACGCUACUGAUAGAAAGAUUGAAGCAUUACUAAAAUCUAUGUUUUCUUUAUCAGGUGUUUCUCUCCGUCCAGUACUGGCGAGUGCCUGGGUACUUAAGGCCGUGGAUGAAUGGCUUGCACAGGUGGUAUCGGGAAUGCAGUCGGAUGAUCCGUCGGAAGCCAUUCACGUAGCGGAACAGAUUUCGGAGGCACUCACUUAUGUGGGUGAAGCCUUGUUGGAUUCGGUUGCGCUACAGACCCGGGUUUCAGCCUUGACAGUAUCUGCAAGACGCUCUUUGUGGCUUAGAGUUUGGAAUGCUGAUUCUGACUCAAAGCAAACAUUGACGGCUGUGCCUUUUGAAGAUUCCCAAGAAGGGGCUCUUUCAGAGGAAGAGGAUAUCAGGCUAUUCGCAGACCGGCCAGUAAGCCUGCCGACAAACCUGAGGCAUGACGUCUCAGGUCCCCUGGAGGGAUCAAUGAAGGUUGGGGCCCGGUUACUUCAGUUCAGGGAAGUGUGGCUCCUAUCGAAACCGGAUCGGUGGGUAAUGGGGGUCAUUUCCAGAGGAUAUAUGUUGGAUUUCGAAGAGACGGUCCCAACCCGACUAUUCAUAACACCUCUCCCAGACGAUCCCUCCAGACGGCAAGCUCUUCUUCAGGCAAUCACAAACCUCUUACAAAAUGGAGUAAUCAUUCCGGUUCCCUCUCAUCAAAGGGGGCGGGGGUUUUACUCAGGUCUUUUUCUUGUGGACAAGCCGGAUGGUUCGUUUCGGCCCAUUCUGAAUCUGAAGGCUCUCAACCCGUAUCUCUCAACCCAAAAAUUCAAGAUGGAAUCCAUUCGCUCAAUUAUCGCCGCCAUGGAGCCAGGGGAAUAUUUGGCUUCAAUAGACAUAAAAGACGCCUACUUACAUGUCCCGAUUUGGAUAGGACAUCAGUCUCUGCUGAGAUUUGCAAUCGGGCCGGAGCAUUUUCAGUUUCAAGCUCUUCCCUUUGGUCUUUCUACGGCUCCCCGAGUUUUUACAAAGGUCUUAGGCCAUGUAGUCGCAGUUCUUCGUUGCCAAAGGGUCAACAUCACUCCAUAUUUGGACGACCUGUUGGUCAAGGCACCGUCAGCGGAGAUUCUCACUCAGAACCUGCAGUUAACAAUGGAGACUCUACAAUCGUUCGGGUGGAUAAUCAACUUUCCAAAGUCAUCUCUACUCCCUUCUCAGAAGAUGAUUUUUCUGGGACUUUUAUUCGACACCAACAGCCAGAAGGUGUUUCUUCCUGCGGACAAGAUUCAGGAUCUGCAGUCGAGAAUCCGAACCCUGUUACACUUACCAGUAGUGUCGGUCCUCAGAUGUAUGCAGGUGUUGGGCAAAAUGGUAUCCUCCUUCGAGGCAGUUCCAUAUGCCAGAUUUCAUGCCCGUCCUCUUCAAACGCAGAUUCUCAACUGUUGGACUCGGACGGAACCACGUCUCGAAUUGCAGUUGAUCCGCUUGUCGAUAAAGACUCGUCAGUCUCUUCACUGGUAG